GUUCGCGUUCCUCUGCGACACUGGUGCCACAGUUCGGUUCCGCGUUCCGCUGUUUCCGGGAGGCGCCGCGGCCGUCGUCGGGCGCGGAGGGAGCGAGACGAGGGAUGCCUACCUUACCUACUUCGAGUAGGUCGUAUGUACAAUCGCGGUCGCGAAACUUCGGCAAGAGACAAAGAUGAGAAAAUAAAGUAGCUUCUUACGUCAAAUUAAUAAAAAUCUUUCCUCAGUCACGUGAUAAGCUUAUUGUUUUACAAGUGUUACAUUCUUCAAUAUUAAAUAUUAAUCCCACUUGCAAAAAUGUCAGAUGAAGAGGACUAUAUGUCUGAUAAAUUUUUACAAGGCUCUGAAAAGCAUAUUCCAUCGAGUCUCAUAUACAGACAUUCUGAUAGAAGAGAAUUUGCACUAAUGAAAAAGAAAACUGAAAUUGAAUCCAGACUGAAGGAGCAGAAUAAAUCGAUACGAGUAGUGGAAGCAGAAAAAAGGGAGGAAGGCUUGUCGUCUGCUAUUGCGAGUACAAAUAAAGGUUUUGGAAUGCUUAUGAAGAUGGGAUAUAAGCCUGGUCAAGGCAUAGGCAAGACUCAAUCAGGAAUAGUUGAACCAAUUCCUGUAGAAGUCAAGACAGACAGACACGGUCUAGGCAAAACAUUAAGAAAAACAGAAUCCUACAACCCCAAGAGUAUAAAUGCAAAAUUGGAUAAUAUGGAUACAAGUGAUUUUCGUAGCAGAAUAGCGCAAGGAAAAACUGAACAAGUACAAAAGUAUGAUUUAUACAAAAGUCAAAACGUAUGUCAAGAUUUAGAUACUAAGACAAAUGUGAUAAAACCUCAAGAAGUGUGGUUUUGGCCACAAGCGAGCAAAGAAGAAAAAGAAGAUGACACAGACGACAUUGAAGACGAAAGCGAUAGCGACGAAGAAUCACUCAGUAAUUUAGAGAAACUUGAUAUUCUUACUAAGUAUUUAAGAAAGACGUAUUUUUACUGCAUUUGGUGCGGAGUGAAGUUUAAUGACGAAGAUGAUUUAAGAGACAGUUGUCCGGGAAGUACAAGAAACGAUCAUUGAAUAUAUACAGAAUAUUUUCAUCAAUAAAACUAUCUUUACAA